AUGGCCACAGCUGAAGGCCCCGCGAGGGCACAUGAUCGAAAUGGCCGUCGUCGCCCCUUCUCAAGCUGGAUGAAGCGACUCGCCAAUCUCAAAAACUCCACCGACUCAGGUACCAUCCGAUGGUCUAACAAACUCCACUCCACGCCCAAAGACAAAAGCCGAAGCCGGAAGAACAACCCCUACCCGCUUUCGGGCACCACUCAUGUUAUCAGCGAAUACAAUAGCGACAACAAUACGACGGACGCCAGUGAUGCCAGUGGACAACGGUCGGGCUCGCAGAGUGAGCCCUCCCUUGCAUACUCGGGAUACGAGAAUCAGGUUCUUGCAACCAGUGCAAAGUCCACUGCACCCACCAUCUCCACCAACGGCGACACUGCCAUAUCGGAUGCCGCAUACUCCAAGGCAGGGACCAUGGCAACGGCGGGCGGAGGUAUCAGUUCGAAUGGCGGAGGCGAAGGCAGCACUUUCUCCUCUCCGGCGCCAUCUGUGCGGUCUCUAACUACGACACUGACCACCGUGCAAUCGGCUGCACCUUCGGGCCAUCUCUACAAUGCACACCAUGGACAUCAUUAUUCGCACGCAAUGCAAGGAAGCGCGACGCAGCAGGUGCAAUUUUCGCACCAGUUUCCCUCGUCUCCAGUUACCGCCGUGCCGCCCCACCUUGCCCCUCACAGCCAUUCCGUCACAUACAGCACGGCGACCGCCAACAACAUCUUAACCGACAACGCUUCAAUUCUGACACUAGCAUCCUCAUCUAAGAGGCGCCGGAGGAACUCGUUGGAUACCAAUGCUUCCGUGCGCGCUUUGGCACCGUCGUCUGUGUUUGGUGGCAGCCGGGAGAGCCUGCCACUAAGCGUGCUCAGCGGAAAUGUGGGCGAGUCACCGAACAAUCCCAGCGUGCUCAGCCGACCGAGCAUGGUCGGUCUGGCCAGCACAGAGCGGAUCAGUGUCUACUCUGCUUCCGGUGCAGCGCCUUUGGGUGGAACCGGCGAGCGCGGCAGCUUCUACGCAAACAAGCAAAGUUCCGUCACGGGGGACGGUGCCAGCAUUGGGAGUGCGGCUCAGUCACAUAGCCGGCAUGACAGCAAUGCGGCGAGUAUCUCUGGGGGUGUCAGCAGCCCGCCAAAUGGACCGUCAAUCAGCCAACCCAUAUCGACCGGACGAGUCAGUCGUCGCAGUUCGGGAUGGGGAGAGAUUACGGGCGAUGAGAACGAGGAAGAGAGAACCGGGGAGAGAAAGGAGUAG